AAUCUAAGUAAAUAUGAGCCGGAUCGUAUCCUUCUUGCGGAAGACCUUGGGGAUUGCAAAGCAGCAUGUGGGGACGGAUCAUUUGGGGAAUCAGUACUACUUCAUACCCCAACAGAAAACAUGGACAGGGCGGACCAUUCGGGCAAAGAGGCUGGUGGUGUCCAAGAUGACGGAAUCUGAGUACACCGAAGGAAGUAUACCUUCAGAGUGGGAUGCGUGGAUUCGUGGGAGGAGGAAGGACCCGCCGACACUGGAGGAGCUGGAGAAGAACAUGCACUACAGGGAGCAGAUCAAGCAGAAGGCCCGUGAGGCACAGGAAAAGGAUCUCGCCCUACAGGCCAAGGAGUAUGAUGAAGGCCUGGUGGCACGUCCUGCCCAGACACUCAUCAAGGGACAUGCCUCUGCCACACACUUUGGCCAAAACCAGACUAGUGAAGAUCCCGUUAGCACUGGAAACACCUUCCAGCCAGGCUCGUGGACACCUUCCAGAAGUGACAUGACCAAAAAAUAGGUGUCCUAAACUUGGCUGUGCCCAGUGUAUACUGUAUCUGAAAGAUUACACAAUAAAAAUUAAUAUGCUAAUAAGCUGCAAUUACAAGACGACGGCUGAUUCCUCAAAGGCUCGACGGAAACCAUCAAACUUUGUCCUCGUUAUUAGGGUGAAAUUGCAUGAUAUACCAGGUAACUAACAAUUUAGAAAUGGAUUCCUGUUAGUCUCAUUUCCAUUGUUAAUUCAUUAGCGCUUUCAUUUUUGAUUCAACAUUUGUCCAACAAACUUAUAAGAGGUGUGUCACUUAUGUGAAAUAGGCACAAAUGAAAUGCUUUACCUCAUUUGAGUUUUUUGGACUUUUUCUUUUGGGACAACAGCUAGGGCUAUAGAUUGUACCCAGUGCAGUUGCAGUAUAACGGCAAGCAAACGUUCAUUUACUUGCAGGUAAAUAUUUACAUUCUCUCAAUAAACAAUGGGCAGAUGGUAGAGAGGUUCUUCAUCUUCAUGUGACCAAGGAUGAUCAUAUACUCCACAGAUGACUAUAGACCUUCACAUGUACAAAAUGUAUGUUAUAGCACAAGAGGUUUAGGGCUUAGCCGUGUUUUCACAUUUUCAUUUUUAAAUUACAUGUAUUAAUUUAAAAACCUCUUUCUAAAAAGACCUGUCCAGAAAGCAAAAUCCAACCUAAAGAGAAGUUUAAAAAAAACAUUCAAAGCCAUCAGUUGACAAAACAAACAGGCCUGCCUUAGACUUGUUUUAUCUUGGUGGUGUUUUGUGUGUAAAGUAUAUAAAUAAGUGUU